AAGUGUUUUUAUUGUUUACCGAACGGUAAUAAAAACGAAAAUGGAUAAACCGAAAGUGUAUUUUUAUUUACAUGUAAUCGCGGAAAUAUGUAAUGCAUUUGGCGUAAAGACUUUUCGUUAGGCAACAAGGGAAUCGUUGAAGUGCAAUUAUUUAAACAAUUUCGAAUACAACAUGAAAGGCAUUUAUUAUUUUUGUGAAUUGAAAUAAUUUGAGGCAACUUUCAAUGUGUAAACUAAGUUUUAAAUAAAUUUUUAUAUGGUGAAUAGACAAAGGAGAGGAGUUGACAAAAAUUAAAUGUUUGUUUACGUUUUACAGAGUUACAGUAAUUGAUAGACAACAACAGAGUGGCAUAGUCGUAUUAUAUAACCUCUUCGGCACUGAAACAAAUACCGAUAUGGAGGUUCAAGAAGACAAACACGACCCUGAGUCAAAUUUUGAGUGUCUUGUUCAUCAAGUUGAGGAGCAAUCCGAGUUUUGUGACGUCACAGUCACAAUGGGUGAUUGGAGAAAAAGAUUUCAUAGAUGUGUGCUUACAGCAAGUCUUCUAUUUCGGUCCAUAAUAGAAACACAAAUUGCGUACUCGAAAAUAGGCAACUAUGAUGGGAAAACUGACAGAAUACAGGAUACGGAAAUUGAGAUAAAGAUUAACAUGUCUCCUGAUGUUGUGGAGAUGGCAGUCAUGUUUAUGUAUGGAAAGAUUCCUGAGUUUACUAUCGCGAAUAUAGGUGACCUACUAGAAUUAGCAGAAUACCUCAAAAUAAAAGAGCUUAAGGAUGCGUGUGUAGAUUGGUUUGAUUCUGUAGAUUAUUCAGACAUAAACUGCAUCUAUGUUAUACAACUAUCGAAAAAGUAUGAUUUCGAAAUAUCUGCAUGUAUCGAAUAUAUCGAAAGUCACAUACCAGAAACAUUUGAACACACCGAUGCUGCUGAUCUUCCAAACGAUUUAGUUCACCGUCUUUUCACUGAUGAAAGAUUUUCGUACGUACAAAUAGACGACAAAUUAAAUUUCCUUCUAAAAUUGGCAAAUAAUUAUCCUAGUGAGUCGACGAAAGACUUUGUUAUCAAAUUGUUUAAAACACUUGACUUAUCAGAAGUAACGCCUUCAACUUGGGAGACCGCUAAAGCAGAUGUAAUGUUUAAUAAGAUAAUCAAUUUAGAAACUAAAGUCAGACAGACUGACCAAGAAAAUUCUAGAAAGUAUGUGCUGAUAAUGUCUUCUGAUGAAGAUUAUUUUGUUGGAUUAGAUCUACGGAAUGAUCGUUGGUACAGACUUAACUCUAGUUACUACGACCAAUAUCCUUACGAAGAAUUAUGGGGAGAAAUUGCUGGUGUAAGAAAUGAUAACCCCGAAGUGUAUUUCAAAGAACGUGAUUUUGAUGAAGACGAUUUGAUCACUGUAGACCUUGAAUCUGAUGAGAUACAUAGAUAUCUGCCUCUGAUGGAAUAUGAUGAUGUUCCAAAUGGAGAUCUUGUUGAUGUAGAUAUUACACAUGUUAAUAUCACAAAUGAUACAUUGGUCGCAAUAGUAAAAAAGACGAUUGAAAUAUAUGAAGAAUCUUGUAGUUCCGAUAGCGAAACAGAAUGUGUCUGUUCAAACCGCGAAGAAGAAAAUCAAAGUGAUAUUAAUGACGUUAGACAACCACAGUUUUUACCUGAAAAUAUUCCGGAUACUGGUACAAGUGAUGUUUCGUGUGUGAUAAAUACACCUGAAAUAUCUAUAAAUGAACAAUCAUCAUCAUCAUCAGCAUCAUCAUCAAGAUCUUCUUCCAUAUCUGGCAAUAAACGAGAAGAUAAAAUCAACUGCACCAGCGUAUACGUAGGAAAGACUUCAGAUGAAUAUGUUGAAAUGCGUUCACUGUUUUCCUUUCGGAAAGAAAACAUUACUCAAAUAUGUAUGAAUAAUCAUUCUGUCUUAGCUCUACUGACCAAAUCGGACAAGCAUUUACAUGUGAUCCUGUAUGACCUAGUGGAGUGUAAGAUGGACAGGGUACUAUCAUUAUCCGUGCAGAAAGAUAAGUACGAAAUUUGUCCGGCUAAAAAUGGAUUUCUUUUGCAUAACAAUACAUGUUGUUACUGUUUUACGAAAGCAGCGACGCCAAUCUUCUCAGGGAAUUAUAAGGUCGAGAAAUUUAUGCUCGAAAAUAGGGAAGAGUGGAUGGUGAGGUAUCUGUUUCAAUGUGGAGUUUGGAUAAGAGUCUUACGCAGAAGCGUGCAUAAUGAUAUCGAGCUUCAAUACAUAUUUCAUGAAGAAUUAGCAGAUUAUCAUUCUUCAAUCGAUGUCAACUGGAGGAACGUGUCAAUGCCCAAAGAUAAGGGACUAUUCGAUAAAAUUGUGAACUUGAAGAAUAUUUUCAUAGUCCUCCUUUCAAAAAGUAAACUUCGGUGUAAUAUUGAAUGUCCGCAUUGCAAGUUCUCGGACGAGUCAGAUUUUUACUAAAUAUGACAUGCCACAUAUGAAAGUUCAUUGAAAAUAACGCAAAUGAUAUAAGGAUUUCAAAUAUAUACACAUUUUUA